AUGAAGGGCAGUAGGCAAAACGAAGGUUUCCACACGGUAGAAGUCGGGGAGACAGCGUUUACUGUACUGGAGAGGUAUCAAAAUCUCAGACAGGUCGGCACUGGUGCUCAAGGAGUCGUUGCUGCUGCUUAUGAUACGCAACUGAAGCAGAAUGUUGCGAUUAAAAAACUCUCUCGUCCAUUUCAAAACGUGACACACGCAAAACGUGCCUACCGCGAACUCAGACUCAUGUCACUUGUCAACCACAAGAACAUUAUCAGACUCAUGAAUGUAUUUACGUCACAGAAAACACUGGAAGACUUUCAAGAUGUGUACAUGGUGAUGGAACUGAUGGAAGCAAAUCUCUCUCAAGUCGUCAAUUUGGAGCUGGAUCAUGAGCGUCUGUCGUAUUUACUGUAUCAGCUUUUGUGUGGUGUAAGGCAUCUCCAUGCGGCUGGUAUUAUUCACAGAGAUCUGAAACCAUCAAACAUCGCCGUAAAAUCAGAUUGCUCGCUCAAGAUUUUGGACUUCGGGCUCGCCCGCACAGCAAAUCAGGGCUUUCUGAUGACGCCUUAUGUUGUGACGCGUUACUACAGAUCGCCUGAAGUCAUUCUGGGGAUGAGCUACUCGGGGACGGUCGAUAUCUGGUCGAUUGGGUGCAUUUUUGGAGAGAUGGUUAGAGGACAGGUUCUUUUCCCUGGAUCGGAUCAUAUAGAUCAGUGGAAUAAAAUUAUCGAAACGUUAGGAUCCCCCACUCCAGAAUUUGUGAACAGACUACAACCCGCUGUAUCGAAUUAUGUGAGGACAAGGCCUCACUACAGAGGAAUGAGCUUCAGUCGACUAUUUCCCGACGGAUGCUUCCCGACCGAGUCUGGUGGCUCGCGCGCUUUAGCUGCUCAAGCUCGCGAUUUGUUGCAAAAAAUGCUCGAAUUGGAUCCGAAUAAAAGAAUCAAUAUUGACGAUGCGCUUCGUCAUCCUUAUACGAAUAUAUGGUACGAACCAUCAGAAGUGGAAGCACCGCCGCCUCUUCAAUACGACAAUUCACUUGACGAACGGGAGCUCACUGUGGAGCAGUGGCGCGAAGAACUCUGGCGUGAAGUGAUCAACUGGCGGCCGCAUCCAGGCACCGUGUCCCAGGCCUCUACCUCGAUGGAUCAUUAA